UUGUGUCUUAUGUGUUUUAGCAUUGUGAAUCAUUUGACUACCUAGUUCAAGGAAUGUCAGAUGACCAAACUGUUUCUCUUCGUUGUUUAAGUGCAUGUAGCCUUGCAGAACUGUGUGUGAAGUCUUCAUUUCACAUGUUUCUUCGAGCAAGUGAUCUAAGCAGCAAGAUUUUUGCUACAUUACAUGAUGCACACAAAGAUGAGAGGCUGGCAUUGUGUGCAGCUACUUUGUUCUUCAUACUCAGUAGAGAUGGUAUGAGUCUUGAUGUUGAUAAGAAUGCUGUUGAGUUGCUAUGUAAACUGCUUGGUAUUGUUACGCCAUUACACAGUAACAAAGAGAAAGAAGAAUAUGCGCAACUCCAGCAACGUCUCAAUGGAAUUUGCGUAGACACUUCACUUCAUGGUCUACAGUUCAUCGAUUGUGAUAACAUGACAGCUGCUGACUUGGCACGAGAGGCAAUGAUGUUAUUUUCAGCUAGUGAAGCUGGAAAGGCAGUCCUCGAAGAUAUAAGAAUGUUUGGAGGCAUAGAUAACACUGUGGAAACAACUCUUGUGCUCGCAUCUGGAUUGAACAGUACACAGUAUGAUGGUGGUUUAAGUCGGUCAUCACACUGUGUUGUUGCUGCUGGUCGUUCUCUAAGAAUGCUGUCUAACUUGACAUCAUGUGAAUCAAACCAGGCAUAUUUGAAGACGCGGAUGGACAAGCGUUUGUUGACAGCAAUGGCAAGAUUAUUGAAAUUUCUCAACCGUGCAAUGAUGGCAACGGAAGGUUGCCAGAGGGAUGACUUGGUAAAAUGUCUUUUGGAUGUUCUCUAUACUGCACAGAACAUGACAAAUUAUGAUGAACUUAUGUCAAAUUCUCUUGCUCAACAGGAAGAAUUUUUGGAUAUUUUACUCAGUUUUGCUUUAGAGCUUCGAUCUAAAGUGUUGUUUCGAGAAAGUCAUUGGGAGUGCAUUCAUUUUAUGGCACUGCAUGUCCUUGUCAACAUGGUUGAGUCAAGCACUUUAGUGCGGUCACAGAUUAUGAAGAUACCGGGAUCACAAAUACAGAGGCAGUCAUCAGUGAAUGCUUCCAUGACAUCAACACUAACAGCAAUUGUCGAACUCUGUAUUCGAGAAGAUGCUGCUGCCGACAAAUAUUUACCAGACUCUCAGAGUGAUGAAGAAUCAAACAGUCAAGAUUUCCUUGGUUCACAGCCAACACCUGCAGUCAUGUCGGUGUCAACUAUAAAUGAGGAAUCCGAAGGGCACCUUAUUGAAAGAAGCGGACGAAAUAUGAAACAUAGUGUGACGACAGCAUAUGCGACCCUUCUUAUGGGAUUUCUAAUUCAAGACAACAAGGAAAACCAGGAAAUUGUUCUUUCUCUUCUCCCUGAAGGAGGAAUGAAAAAGCUGGUCUCAACUACACGGAAAUUUUAUCACCUUGCCUCUAUUGCUGGUGUUCUUGACCAACGAGCUGAAAAAAGUAUCAUUAGUAUUAUACAACUUCUCUCAGAAGUGGCAGAGAGAAAAAUGCUGAAUGAGAUCGAUUCAAUGACAAAAUGAGUGACUUCUUGCUUUUAUAGGUAUUCUACAAUUUCUCAAUCUUGUACAUUACAUACAGCCGUGUCAAUCAUUACCUGGAGUUGUUUUAGAGAAUUACUUAUAUUGAACUGAAACUACAGAUUGACACAAUUGACACAGAAAUUAUGCAAUCUUUAUAAUUAAUAUCUGUGGAACAUAAGCUAUGUUUGAAUACCACUAACAUGUUUAGCUUAACAGGUUUAUUACAGU